UGUGCCGCCCGUCGGUAAUUGCACAAAUCACGAGCUCCAAGCUUGUGCUCCUCCUUGUAUUACAAGAUUUACAAGUCGUGAGUCGACCGCCGACAUUGUUGAUACAACUCUACUACUUAAUGGAAAGUUAAUUUUUAAAUAAAAAAAAAAAAACAAGCGCGUGUUGCGACGCUCUUUAAGGGUUCCGUGUAAAGAAACAAACAAGUACCGAGUUACGUAAACUGUGACAGUGCACCAAAAAUUUAAUAGAAAGAUAAAUAUGGAUUGAGGGCCAAAUUUUCUUGGUGGAAAACGGUUUUUACCAUACACUGAUCAAUAGGUCACGGAUGUGACGCCAUGUGGUUGCUAGUGGCGUUGGGCGUGGUGUCGAGCGCCUCCCGGGCGCUCACCGCCAGCUACUGCUCCACCAACCUGUUCCCCACCAACACCUCCUGGAUGCACUUCAGCAAGGAGCCGAUCUCAUACGAAUACGGGUUUCAGGACAAGUUCAAGAGCAUUCACUGCUGCGUCAGAGGAUACAGGAGUAUAGAAUGGUUCAAGGAAGGCAUCGCGUAUCCGUGGUCAGCGGGCGUGUCCAACCUGAUCCUGUACCCAGAGGCGGCCAACCAGACGCUGUACACGCGGCGCGCGGCGCACAGCGACUCCGGCAACUACACGUGCCGGCUCAGCAACGAGACGCACAGCGAGACGCACACUGUCAGGCUCGACAUAUUAGAAAAGCCAACGGAUGCACCGAAAACAAUGUUCAUUUCGAAGGAUCAGUGGGUUGAGGAGGGAAGCGAGCUGCGACUGUUCUGCGAAGCGCUAAUUGGUCGAUUGUACUUAGCGGACGCUAGAAGUGAUCUGCGCUGGUGGAGGGUGUGGCCCAACGGUACCGACGGUGACCUAUUGCCGACACAGAUCGAGACUAAAACUAUAAGGGACGACAUCAAGGACAUAAUAGGUUCGUACCUGAGCAUAAAGAGCGUGUCGGCGCAGGACUACAGCACGUACGUGUGCGUCGUGCACAGCAACGACGUCGUGUUGCGCAACUACGUCACCGUGCACUACAAGUCGAACGACGGCGCGGGUGCGGGCGCGUGGUGCGCGGGCGGCGCGGUGCCGUGGCGCGCGCUGGCGCUGGGCGGCGCGGCGGGCGCGCUGCUGCUGCUGUCGCUGGUGGUGCUGCACCGCCAGUGCACGCCUCGCCUGCUGCUGGCCGCACGACACGCGCGCGCGCGCGCCGCCACCGCCGCUCACAGAGCGAGAGUGCUGGAGAAGGAGUUCGACGUGCUGGUGUGCUGGACGGCGGUGGACGGCGAGCUGGUGCGCGGCGCGCUGCUGCCCACGCUCGCGCUCAAGUACAAGUACCGCGUGCACUCCGUCGCGCUCUCCACGCAGCCCGACAACUGGUACGGCGAGCUGGUGGGCGAGGUGUCGCGCUGCCGCUCGGUGGUAGCGGUGCUGUCGCCGGCGCAGUACUCGCCGCCGCAGCUGCUCACCGCGCUGCGCCAGCUCGGCGCGCUCUCCGUGCCGCCCGUCGUCGUCUUACUGCAGGACCUGCCGAAGCUGAAGCGCGAGGCGAAGGACGCGGGCGGGCGGCUGCUGGGGCUGCUGCGGCGCACGCGGCUGGUGGCGUGGCGCCACGUGCACGAGCGCGCCUUCUGGACCGCGCUGCGCCUCGCGCUGCCGCUGCCGCCGCCGCCGCCGCACCACGCGCCCAAACAGGAUAAAUUAAGCACAGUCGAGACGGAAGAGAACAAAAGCUCCCGCUCGGGGAGUAUGACAGCGCUCGUGUGAGACACGGCGCCUGAGCUCUGGCAACACUGACAUUUGCGCAGCUGUGCGGCGACCGGUGAGUGUACGGACAGUGACCCUCCCCCACCCCGCGUGUGAACACUGACUAGAUAUUACAAAAAGUGUAUUAGAAUCUGUGAAUGAGUGUUAUUCGACGAAAUAUAACCGACUGAAACUCAUGUGGUUAUUCAUCUGAAUAUCUAUGAGUAGCUACGACGAGCAUGAACAAGGACAUAUCUUUUUAUGGCAUGAAACUAGUUGGAUUAAAAAAUAAUCACGUGAGAUUUAGUGUGUAAAUAUUUCAUUGUUUAAAAAAAAUGUUUUGGUCAAAAACGCAUUUGUCUUUUCCAAAUAUGAGUUAUAGACGAUUAUGGACAGAAAUUGAGUGUUGAUUAACUAUGUUUUUUCUUUCAAAAUUAAAUGGAAGUUAUAUAGUCUGAAUAGAUAAAAUUCUAAAUUGGAUGCGCCAUAUGUAUUAUUUAACCGUCCGUGCUUAGUUUGCUAAUAAAAAAAAAUAGGAUUUUUUAUGGCGAGUUUUUUUUUUUAUUUUUCUGUUCAGGCGAUAAAUAACAUAUGAAUAACUUUAAAACAAUACCAAAAUAUGAUUUGUUAGAUUUGAUUGUUUUACAUGGCAUAUUCGAAUUGUGUUAAUCAAUUUUGAAUGUAUGUUGUAUUGUGUUAUUAAGUAACCAAUCUCCCAAAGGAGGCUUCAUGUUUGAAAAGACAGACGUAAGUAAACCCGAAUUCUGUAUACAGUCUUCUGAAUAUUUCAGUAUUUUGGCAUUCUGAAGCUACUUACGUAAAUGCGUCCUCUUUCUGUUUCUCUUUCUUGUGCCAAAGGGAAAUUUGCGAACAUGACAAUUAAUAUUUAAAAUGUUUGGUUUGGUUGUAUUUAUUUUAUUUAUAUUAAAAAAAAAAAUGUGAGCUAUGGUAAUAAAUGAGUAUUAAAAGUAUUAUUCUUAAGUUUUCUCUGUCCUUUUCUGUUAGUCCUAUCUUUAUUUUCUUACUUUAUAAACUGAAUUACAACAAACGAGAAGGUUUACAGGUCUGUGAUAAAGCUGUAAUGUGUGUUGGGAAUAAUUGACACCAGUGUGUAAAGUGCAUUAUGAGCAAAUAAUACCGAAUUAACAUGCACACUAUUGCAUCUUGGCUAUUUAAUUUUUUAUUAAGUGUAUGAAUAAAUAAAUAACUUAUAAGAAGAAAAUAGUGAUGUAAAUAAAGUAUUACACUAGUAAAUCAGACUGUUAUUUAAAAAAACUGAAAUAUAUACUUCAUUAUGUAAACUAAAUUGUAACUAAAAUAGAGUUAAUAGUUUUGUAUUUACUAGUACUAAUAUAAAAACUAGUGGUCAGAUUUGAACUUAUUAUUCCUUUUUUGAUAAAUGGUUAUACCAACUGUUGUUCAUGUAGGUAUGUGAUUAGUAUUCUACCAUAAAUAAAUAUUAUAUAAGAAGAUAUAUAAUUUUGAUUUAUUUUCACAUCUUAUCCUAAAUCUUGUAGCUAUUACAAAAAUGUUAAGGUUAAUUUAAAAUUGCAAAAAAUGUAUGAGUUAAGUUUGUUUUGCAAGGGAAUCUCUAUUCCUGUAUUCUGACAACACUGUAAAUAUACAAGGCAAGUGGCGUUACGUCACAAUACUAAUAAAGUUAUCUGUGUAAAAUGUUUUUAUAACUUAUAAUAAUUGUUAAUUUUUAGCUUAAUGUUAAAAGAAUUGUACAGCCUGACCAGAAAAACAAAAAUACCUAUUUUGAUAGCACCGCCAGUACGGAGCAGUUGUAUGCUAAUUGCUAAUAGACAAAAUUAAGGCUCAAAAUGUUUAGAACUCAGAACUGUAAAACCAAUUCAACAAAAAAAAAUAGUUUAUUUUUUUUCCGCAGCAUGGUGAGGGUUUUUAUUGUUCUGGUCAGACUUUAAUAUGAAUAGAAAUAAUAACAAGGCAAUCGAAGUCGCCACGAAGGGAACAUACCAAAAGACUUAUUUUGUUUCUAUUCUACAUUGCGUCUUAUGUCUCAUACUUCGACAUUGUUAGUUGACAUAUACGAAAUUGAGAUUCUAUGUAACUAAUGUCUUCCGGUGCCUACUGACAACCCUUCGUGGAUAUCUCACAGUAGGUUGUUAAUAUAGACCAAAUUAGUGAAUAGGCCAACAGGAGUAUGCUGUUGUUUAAACAGCAACAUAUGUCUCACACUUAUUAGUUCUACACCACACUCUAUACUGAAGUACUGUUUACCAACAAAGAAAUUAGAAAUUGACAUUUCAUAACUUUUUUAUUUUAAAUUAUGUAUUGUUUGUUUAUAGAAUGUUAUAUAAAAUAGAUUAACCAUAUCUAAUUGUUCUAAGCUUAUUAAUCAAACUUAUUUUCAUUUAUUUAAGAACAAGUUAAUUAAAAUUAUUAUUAGGUGUGAAAUGAUUUGUGAUUUAUACCCUCAUUUUUAAUUUGUUUGUUGGUAAACAGUAUUCAUCAAGAAAGGCUGUAGUAUAGAGUCUAGUAUCUUCGACUAUGUCUCUCGUCAGGGGUGAUAACAACUCUAUAAAGUGACUCCAUUUAUAUUGCCUUGUUAUUGAAAUUUCUAUGACAAUAUCCAAUUGUUACAUGCCUCUUCACUGUAUUGUACUUUGUAACUAUAGUAUAGACACAUAUAUAAAUAAAUGAAGAAGUAUACUUUUGAUCAUGUGUAUAUGAUAUUACUCAUUACAUUCCAAAUUUUUUCUGUACGAUGUUAGCAUUAAGUUGAAGUUAUUGUAAAAAGAAGUAUAAUACAGAAAAAUAAAUCAGUUAAAAGAUGUA